AGAUUGGUCGCGCUACCGGUGCACAACGUCGCCGUAAACGAGUCAUUAUAAGCGUUUAUUAGCCGUUAGAGUCUAUUUGUCGAGACGAUUGCGAUGCUUACUGCAACAAUUCGUUUGCUUCUGUUGGUAAACUUUCUGCUGAAAAGCGGAGCUUGUGAUUGCGAUUGCAAGGCUGUAGAGAUUGGUCGAUCGCCCCAAACGUGUAAUGCAGACAAUGCUGGUAGCCUGUACUAUUCGCCAACCAGCAAACUUCUCACUCUCUGUAAUGGUGUCUCAUUUACUCACUUUGGAUCAAUGAUGUCGACUUACAAGCCGGGAACUUUCCAAAAUCCUAUUGAAUCGUGCUCUGUUUUACGUGGAAACGAAGCUGAAAGUGGAACAUACUGGAUGAAACCAUUAACAAACACACCCAUUAGACCAUUUCAGAUCUAUUGUGAUUUCGAUCUGCGUCCCAAUGGUUGUGCCCUCGUAUGGAAACAUUCUUACUAUCAGGUUACACCAAACAACAACAUGCGCACGUUCAGUACAGUCAACAAGCCAUGCAUUGAUCUCUCUGACGGUUGGUGUAAUGUAGCCAAGAAGGACACAAUAGAAGGAUCAGAGCAAGUGACAGCGGCCUAUCAUCACGGAACUGUCGUCUACGCCUACAGAGGUGAUCGCAACCCUCAACUGGGGAAGGCAUCGCAAUGGCGAGGUGCUAUUCUCAACAAUCCAAUCAAAAUAACAGACCACUGUACAAGCAACAACGGCGUCGCACCGGAGCCAGAAGUUGGAAGCCACGCCUUACCAGGAAUAUCGUUUGACAAGCACAAUCCCGGCGUAUACACAGGUAACUGUGACACCGAUCGCUAUGCGUGGUCACCACCUACAGACUGCCGUUGGCUAAACUGCAUUCUACCCACUCAAAUAUCAACGACUAAAUCCCUGACACAAAUGACUGUCGCCAUCUAUCUGUGUUGA